AUGCCGGCUACGUACCCAAUCCAAGGAAUACCCGUUCCUGCCGGGUACACGUCUCCUCCCCUGAGACUCGAAAUCAACGAACUUGCGGACAGUACCGACGCAAAGCUUACAAAGCAAUUCUCCCUCUUUGUUCGCGCCCUUCGGGUGUUCGAAGAGAAGGCUGUUGACGAUCCUCUUGGGUACUAUCAGAUUGCCGGUAUCCAUAGUGAGCCCCGAGUUCCCUGGGAUGGCGAGUCACCAGCCCCAGGAAAGGAAUUCUGUGCUCAUGAUCAGGUCACGUUCCCUACGUGGCACCGCCCAUACAUGCUGCUGUUUGAGCAAAGGCUAUGGGAGAUCAUGAAGAAGGAGGUUCUGCAGAAGAUGGAUUUCUCCAAGUCGGCUAAUGCCAAAGACAAGUGGAUCGAGGCUGCUGAUAGCUGGCGACUUCCAUACUGGGAUUGGGCUCUCAGGCAACCAUAUUCCGACGAGGCAGGCUUGCCGUGGGUCUUUACAGAUGAACAGCUUUGUAUCGAAGCUCCUGGUGGUCGUCAGGAGAAUGUCCCCAAUCCCUUGUGGCUUUUCUUGAACCCCAUGAAGGAUGGUAGUGGUACACCCGUGGCCUUUGGGGACCCAAAAAUGGGCAAUAAUGCCUGGAAGCUGAGCGCUGAUUCCAUUCCUUGGGAUUUGAGCAGCGGUAUUAGCCGCUACGGCAUGGUGAUGGAUGCUGGAGGAAAAUGGUCAGGGCUCCAAGGAGUCAACAACUGGGAAGCAGUAAAUGACAACAUGGCUGAUCCUUACUGGUACUCGAUUGCCGGUGGCCAAUUCCGCGAGGCAGUCAGUCGAAUGUUCAGCCCAGGUUAUCUACAGACAUGGAGCGACUUUGCCACGGUUCGCAAGGACGUCGAUAAGAAAGUCCGCUUCUUGUCCCUAGAGUAUAUCCACAACAACGUUCAUAAUGACUCUGGAGGUUUUAUUCCCCAGAAUGGCGUCGGACAUCACUCGGAUGUGCCCGUAGCAGCCUUCGAUCCUCUGUUCUGGAUGCAUCAUUGCAAUAUUGAUCGUUUAUUGGCCAUUUGGCAGAAGCUGAAUCCCAAACUCUGGUUCGAUCACCCAGAGCCUGGUGAUAACAAGCCCACUGAUCCUCUUUUGCCCUUCCACAAGGACACCUCUGGUGGUCUCCAUACGAGCGACUCAGUGAGGGACCACACUGCUCUCGGCUAUGAUUACGCCGAAUGCGUUCCAAAGAAACAGGCCAGAAAUACCAAUGGGAGUCUGAACCAGGAAGAGUACGCCAAGCAGAUCCGCGCUUCCAUCAUGAAGUUGUAUCCGAGUACCGCAUCGAUUGCCAUUGACAAUAUCCAACUUCCCGGACUUGCAAAGACCGAAGACCAGAAGACUUUCCAUGACUAUGUCAUCAACAUCAUCUAUGACCGAUAUGCCCUCGGUGGCACCAGCUAUGCCAUCAAUUUCUACCUGGGUGAAGGUGUAGGAAUUGACACUCGAUCGGCCAAUCGAGAGAAUCUUUGUGGCAAGGUCUAUACCUUUUCCAACGAUCCGCGUCGAUGCACAAGCUGUUCCCAGAACAGCAGCAGCGGCAAGCUGAGCACGGCCCAGAUCAUUCUGACAUCCACAUUGGGCCAGCGUUUCAAGCGCGACAUCAUGUACAUGAUCCGCAGGAGUGCGCCCCGAGGCGCCGACGGCACCAUGCUUGGUUUAGGUCCCGAAGAAGUAGAGCACUACCUCAAGAAGAACUUGCGAUGGGAGUACGUUGAUGCGAGGGGACAGGUUCGUCCUGCUACGGACUUUCCUAGAACCAAGGUUGUUGUGCUUCAAGGACAAGGCAAUAUUCCUACGGGCCGCAGCGGUGAAAUGAGCUCAUAUGAUGGAUACAAGCCAAUAAUCGGUGCCACUUCAGGCAAGGCAGGCGGCGUUGGCGAGAACGAUCCCGAGUAUGGAAGAAACGCGUCAUUCUAA